UCCAAGGGCUGUCUACCUACCCAUUCAGGUUCCCUGUGGCUCCAUUUCUCAUUUCCUAUUGUCACUCUGUGCUGCUAACUCUUCUUAACAAUUUGACAGAAAUAUGAAGCAACGGAUAGUUAGGAUUGUUUUUUCCCCUUCUCUAGUUUGGCUGGGUGAGAGGCGGAGUUAUAUGUUGUAAUAUCGGUGUGACCAGCGGAGGAUCCGGUGAAAGUGGAUUCUGAAUCUCUGCCGACAAAAAGGGGCUAGAAGGAAAAGACGCUUAGCUAGAGGGAGAGGAGGGCGGGGACCCAGAGGAAAGAGACACUCAGGGUUGGGGAAGUGUUAGGAGGGGAGGGUUAGCGUAGGAGGGAGGGCCACCGUCGUAGCGUCGGAGCGACACAGAGGGAUAAAGAAAGGGGAGUGAGAAGGAAGAGGGAGACUGAACGAGGGCUGAGAAGGGAGAGGGAGAACGGAGAGAGAAGACUUAAGAGAAAGAGAGGAGACAGGAGGAGAGAGUGGCAAAGAGGAAGGGAGAGACGGAGGAAGAGAUCACAGAGUGACCGCAGAGGACGAGGUUUCUCUAUUCCAGAUACUUCUAAGACCGAAGAUUGUUUGCUAGUGGGGAGACUCCAGCUCCGGCAGCCAGUUGAGCAGCGGCAGAGUAAAAUGGACAGUGAGAAACAGACGUUCCAGCCACCUCUCGGCCGCUCAGAGGUCCCGGAGCUGUUCUCUGGCGAACUCCUUUCCCCGCUGGAGUCUCGCAGCCUGCUGGACCAACGGAGCCCAAGGAGCUCCUAGAAGCUGCUCCUCGGAGAUGCCCUCGCCCGAGCAGUAAGAACUUCCUGCUUGAGUCCCGGCGUUUCGUCCACCUGGAACUCCCCGGGGGGGGGGGGGGGGGAGAGAGGGGUAGAAGACCCCAGGGGGAGGGGCGAGGGGGAUCCUAAAGCAGCUCUUUCUCCCCUCCCCCUCCCCCCGCUGGGCGCGCAGGCAUGGAUGUGCUCAGCCCUGGACCUGGCAACAACACCACCUUGUCCGAGGGUCCCUUCGGGACACGCGGCAACGCUACUGUCAUCUCCGACGUGACCUUCGGCUACCAAGUGAUCACCUCUCUGCUGCUGGGCACGCUCAUUUUCUGCGCGGUGCUGGGCAAUGCUUGCGUGGUGGCCGCGAUCGCCCUGGAGCGCUCCCUGCAGAAUGUGGCCAACUAUCUCAUCGGCUCGCUGGCUGUCACCGAUCUCAUGGUGUCGGUGCUGGUGCUGCCCAUGGCUGCGUUGUACCAGGUGCUCAACAAAUGGACACUGGGACAGGUCACCUGUGACCUAUUCAUUGCCCUCGACGUGCUGUGCUGCACCUCGUCCAUCCUGCACCUGUGUGCCAUUGCGCUGGACAGGUACUGGGCCAUCACGGACCCCAUCGACUACGUGAACAAGAGGACGCCCCGGCGCGCCGCUGCGCUCAUCUCCCUCACUUGGCUCAUUGGCUUCCUUAUCUCCAUCCCGCCCAUGCUGGGCUGGCGCACCCCCGAAGACCGCUCCGACCCCGACGCGUGCACGAUUAGCAAGGACCAUGGCUACACUAUCUAUUCCACCUUUGGAGCCUUCUACAUCCCUUUGCUGCUAAUGUUGGUUCUCUACGGGCGCAUUUUCCGAGCUGCGCGCUUCCGCAUCCGCAAAACAGUCAAGAAGGUGGAGAAGAAGGGAGCGGACACCCGCUUUGGUGUGUCGCCAGCCCGGCAGCCCAAGAAGAGCGUAAAUGGCGAGCCAGGGAGCAGAGAAUGGAGGCAGGGCGUGGAGAACAAGGCAGGGGGGGCUCCGUGCACCAAUGGCGCGGUGAGGCAGGGUGACGACGGCGCCGCCCUGGAGGUGAUUGAAGUGCACCGGGUGGGCAACUCUAAAGAGCACCUGCCGCUGCCCAGCGAGGCCAGUAGUAUCCCUUGCGCCCCCGCCUCCUUCGAGAAGAAGAAUGAGCGCAACGCCGAAGCCAAGCGCAAGAUGGCUCUGGCCAGAGAAAGGAAAACGGUGAAGACGCUGGGCAUCAUCAUGGGCACAUUCAUCCUCUGCUGGCUGCCCUUCUUCAUCGUUGCCCUGGUCCUGCCCUUCUGCGAGAGCAGCUGCCACAUGCCCACGCUUCUGGGCGCCAUAAUCAACUGGCUGGGCUACUCCAAUUCUCUGCUCAACCCGGUCAUUUACGCCUACUUCAACAAAGACUUCCAAAACGCGUUUAAGAAGAUCAUCAAGUGCAAGUUCUGCCGCAGAAGAUGAUGGACGAGUCGUCCGCAAGUAGGCCCGCCCUAUCCUCUCUGCCUCCUCCAGCCCUCUGGAAUCAACACCUCUGAUAGCCUGCUACUUUUCCCGACUUUCUCAACUGCUGGGUCCGCCGCUUCCAGACCUCCUCCCUCCUCCCCCGUCCCCUAAUCCCCUGUCCCCUAAUCCCUUGCUCGGAGGGUGUGCGCUUUGGGCAAAGAGGCCCCCAAAGGUGGGGCUGGAGGGCCUGGGAAACUACCUGGGUCUGUGAGAAGCGACCUUGGCUCACACUUUGGCCUCGGAAUCAGUGUUGAUCCUUGUAGUUGCCUCCUCCCUCUUCGGCACUCCACAUCUUCGCGGCGGAAGUUUGAGCCUCAGCGGUUCAAGGCAAAAAAAUCUACGCAGAAAAAUAAACUGUACACCCAGCCGCCGCGCCCACUAACGGCUCCCACCUAAUCGCCCCACUGCUAGAACUUGAAUUUAAGGUUCAGAAGUUUGCUUCAUUACCUAGUCCCAACCCUGGCCCGCACUCCUACCCUAGAAACUCACUUUUUUUUUUUUUUUCCCCAGCUUCAUCCUUUCUUUCGAGCUUCCCUUUGCGCCCUCGCCAGUCCCUAUGCAUUGGUUUGCUAGUAGGGAAAGGCUGGAGGUUCUGUUUUCCCAGUGCCUGUGAUGUCCCUGGGAAUCCCCGCUUCCCUGUGUAGACUCGCUGAAUAACUCUUUUGCGCACAGCCCCAUGCUCUGUUUUCUUGGAUUCCAAACAAGUAGCCAGAAGCUGUCUCUUAGAGUGGACUUGUAAGUACAAGCAAGGCUGGGCCAGUGGGGGAGAGCGAGGCGGGAGUGAGGAACGAUUGUAUCCGUGCUUGCCUUCGUGUCAGCACUCACCAAAGAAACUGACAACCAGUGGGAUGGGAAAACGGACUUCUGUUUGUAUAGGCUGGUGGCGAGUCUGCACGUUCUGGCAUCGCCACUUACCCACCCCGGGCCAUGCCCGCCAGCCAAGGUGUGCGUGCUGGGGACCCCCAGCGGCCUAAAGGUUCGCGCGCCUACCCAGCCAGCGGCUGUCUGCUUUGCACUUGGCGCGCGCGCGCGCGGAGAUGUAACCCAAACCAGAGCCAUCCCUCCGCCUGCGCCGCGGAACGCGCAGAAGCGCGAAUAAACAACACGGUUUGAGAAAGCGCGGGGAGCUAGGUCAGGCGGGAGGAGAGAGACCAGGGGAGGCAAAGAGGUUUUGGUGUCCGGCGCGCAGGCCGUCCUGCAGAUGACGCUCCCCGUGGAACCUGAGAGGGCAGUUGCAUCCACAGGAUGCAGACUCUUUCCGCCUAAUUCACCCCCUGUCCUGUUGGAUAGUAUAGUUCUGUUUAGCGCGUCCUAACGUUACAUGGGAUUUGUUUUGCAAGACGUCUGGGACACGUAGCUACUAGGACUUUGCUUUCCAAAUAGGAAUUCCGGGCUUCCAAUCGAAUGGGUCCCGAUAGGUUUAGUACUGCCUGGAACCUCACAGGCGGUUACUUUAAAUAAUGGGACCCCAAAGACUAGUUAACUAGUUAGGGGUGCUCUCCCUUCGGAGUCCCUGAGAAUCUUGUACAGGGUUAUAUUCGCUCCUUGGCCUGAUGUGAGCCACAGGUCUAGGACAAACCGGUUUCUUGCCAUUUGACUAUGUGGAGCACUCCAAGCCUUCUCCCCCCAAAAGUUACUCUUUUGGCCUUGCCAUUCCUGCUGAGAAACUAGUUACAAUCUACUGCCCCCAGAAGGGAAUUUAUUUUGGUGCUCCGUUUGAAUGUAAAUUUCCAUCCACAGGACUGGGAUCAAGAGGUUUGUUAGUGAGAUGUAGCCUCUAAUUUUCUGAUGAAUACCGGUUGUGUUUUACCGUAACUACACAAAGUUAUUGGUUUUUUCUGCCGUCUCCCUUCAACUCUACCUUUUGAAUGAUUGUGUCUGCUGUUUUGAGAACAGUGUUGCAAAAGUUGCCAAUGGAAACUUCACUUGUGUUUAUAAUAUUAAGAAGGUGAAAAGACAGUUCUAUCACUGAAGCCAUUUUAUUGUUUGUCCGCUGAACAAAGCCUCCAUUUGGUAUCUUUUUCUCCUACCGAAACUGAGAGUGGGUAUCAUAUCCCGUUAAAACAGAGAAAGUUUAAGAACUCUGGACACUCAGUGGAUGGUUUGUUGAUGCAUAGGUAAUGCUGAUAAGGGGCUAAGGUGGAGCAAAUAAGGUAGAUAUCUUCAGUCCAAAAAUUAUUCACUUGAAAAUUUAAUUUUUUUUUUUGCUCACAAUAAUUUCAGUACAGCUGUAUGAAAAAAAAAUGCACUUUCUGUAUGUCUUCCUUAAUUUUUUGAACAAAUUAUAUAUACAUAUAAAAUAAUUCAAGCUCAAGAUUUGCUUACCCAAAUUAUGCCUUGGCCAGCAAGUAUUACAUUCGAAGGGCUGAGUCCUCCAUUUACUUGCAUCUUUUACAGCACUGUAUGCCAAUGGUUUCUGGACAUUUAUUCUUCCUGCUUUGGAGGAAUUACGUGAAAAUGGGGGAGGAGCAUCCAACUGGAGUACAAUUGCCAAGGCAAUAGAGAAAUUUGGGGAAUAAGUGCAUAGCAGUAAACAGCCCCUGAGGCUUCUUAUUUCUUUUAGUAUUUGUAUUAAGAUAAAGUAUAUAUGCAUCAAAAUUGGCCUUCACUCUUCUCUGUGACAAUAAAAGACUUUAUUAAUGGUAAUGCUACAAUAAACUGAUAUCAAUAAUACAUGCAUCUUUAUUUUAAUCAGAAUUACUGUCUACUUGUAUUUAUUUGUAUUAUUUAAAAAUCGAAGUUAAAAAAUACACUUGUCAGGAGAAGAUUCUGCUAUACAAAUCAGGGAUAUGACACUUAGGGAAAUAAAUUCAGUUUUAGUGC